GUCACCGUACAGACCUCCUUGAACUUGGGUUCUCUCCGCGUUAAGGCCUUCGGACAUUUAAAUUUGGGGAUUUGUGGAAUUUGUACUUUUUUCUUUUCACCUCAAAAUAGACAUCCGAUAUUAGUCGAGCUACGCCCUCUGCGUUGCCCCUGAAAUAUUGCCCACCGGCUGCCCUGCGGUCGUCACGUGACUCGGGGCUACAGCGUGUCCUACCUGGCAACCGUCGUAGAGACCGACCUCGCUGGCUGCAACAUGAACGUGAUCUACCCGCUGGCGGUGCCAAAGGGGCGCCGGCUCUGCUGUGAGGUGUGCGAAGCCCCGGCCGAGCGGGUGUGCGCGGCCUGCACAGUCACUUAUUACUGUGGUGCGGUACAUCAAAAAGCCGACUGGGGCAGCAUCCAUGAGAAGAUAUGUCAGCUCCUGAUUCCACUGCGCACUUCCAUGCCCUUCUACAACUCAGAGGAGGAACGGCAGCAUGGCCUGCAGCAGCAGCAGCAGCGGCAGAAGCAUUUGAUUGAAUUCUGCUACACCGUAGCCCAGAAAUAUCUCUUUGAAGGAAAACAUGAAGAUGCCGUCCCAGCAGCUUUGCAUUCCCUUCGCUUCCGCAUGAACGUGUACGGCCUGAGUUCUGUAGAGCUGGUGCCUGCCUACCUGUUGUUGGCCGAGGCCAGCCUUGGUCUGGGCCAGACUGUUCAGGCUGAAGAAUAUCUAUCCCAAGCCCAGUGGACGGUCCUCAAAUCAACUCACUGUAGCAACGCCACCUACUCUUUACUGCAUCGGAACCUGGGACUCCUCUAUAUGGCUAAGAAAAACUAUGAGGAAGCCCGUUAUCAUCUGGCCAAUGAUAUUUAUUUUGCUAGCUGUGCUUUUGGAACAGAGGAUAUCAGGACCUCAGGAGGCUACUUCCAGCUGGCCAAUAUCUUCUAUGGCCUUAACAAGUUGGACUUGGCAGACACGUUGUACACCAAGCAGGUCUCUGAGAUCUGGCAUAAAUAUUUGAAUGAUCACUAUCAAGUCCUCUCACAGGCUCGCGUCCAACAGAUAGAUUUACUGGGCAAACGAUUUGAGAAUGACACUGGCUUGGAUGAAGCCCAGGAAGCAGAAGCCAUUCGGACCCUGACUUCCAUCUUGAAUAUUCGAGAAUCCACCCUUGGCCAAACCCCCCUAAAAACUAUCUUUGUUCUGAAAAUCCUGGUCAUGCUUUACUACCUGAUGAUGAACUUUUCAAAGGCACAGGAAUAUGCCAAAAGAGCCCUCAGUAUAGUCAAAGAAAAACGGCUUGGUAGCCAUGAGCGAAAAGCCAUUAAAAAGUUAUUAAAUCUCAUCUCGACUGAAGAAGAGCAUCCCAUCACUUAGCCAGCCACGAGCUCUGGGGCAGGGGCUAUUGAAGGGACUGUGAGUGUCUACGGCAUUCCGGUCUUGCACAACUGUUUUGAGGUACCUGGAUUGCUGCAGUUUCCUCCCUCUUCUCCUGGGAAUGCACACGUAGCUGUGGUUUGAUUCUUACUUAGCCUAUGUGAGGGAAUAUAGAGUUUCACCAUAGAAAUCAGUAAAAUUGUUGUUCCUCACGA